GGGACAGCAUCUUGACGUUGCUGCGUCGUCUUCGUCUUUCCAACUUGAUUUCUAUCCCUGCACUCUGCAUGUUGGCACCACUGAUCACCCUAGAAAUCGCGUUGCUCCGUUGGCAAGGCUGUUCAAGAACGACAAACUCCAUUUUGUGACCGUGAUCCCGUCAUCCUGUCUCGCGAAAAGUGCCUUUUACCCCUGUCCCCCUCGGAUUUAAUGCUUAAAGAGGUGUUUGCGCUCAAGAACAAUGACUAUUCUUUCCAAAAAGAAACCCUCUCAAGGGAAGUCCGAGCCAGAGGCCGCGGAGACGUCCAGCCAUCAUGCUGGGGCACUCGCUCACGGAUCGAUGCCCAAUCACUCCCAGCAAAACAAUGAGCAGAUGAACCAUGAACGCCUGGGCUCUCCCUUGUGCUGGCCGCUCCAGAGGGAAGAAAAGCGUCCUCAAUUGAGCUCCAGCUCCCAUGAUAGUGGACCAAGUCACAGCAAGCGGAGGCAUCGAGCAAGCCCACACAGGACCACUCGCAGCAAGCUUAGAGACAGAGAGCGCAAUGGAACUGCAUCACCGCCUCCAAGUUCUUCCCCAAAAGCAGGCCCCUCUGAUGCCCAGCAUAUGGAAGAUUAUAACAACACUUCCUGCGGUUAUAACAGUGGGGAUGAAUAUGGUUUCUGUGAAUCUCAGGAUUUGACAGAAGCGGAAUGGCAGGAGAGAGACCGCCGCUUUGAGAAACUAAUGCGUAAGCGAGGCUUUGUUAUCAAGCAGAUGGGUCAGGAUGGAGCAUGCCUUUUCAGGUCUAUUGCAGAUCAAGUAUAUGGAGACCAAGAGAUGCAUGCUGUUGUCCGUAAUCAUUGCAUGGACUACAUUUCUGCAAACAGAGAUUUCUUCUCUCAAUACUUGACUGAGGAUGUUGGAUCUUAUGUGAAUCGGAAACGAAAACACAAUGUGCAUGGCAAUCACAUUGAGAUGCAAGCUAUGAGUGAAAUGUACAAUCGACCUGUUGAGGUUUUCUGCUACCGCAGUGAUCCCAUAAACACAUUUCAUGGCAUGCAUAAAACAGACAAUGAUCCGAUACGCUUGUCUUAUCAGCGAGGUAGCCAUUACAAUAGCAUUGUUGACCCAUACAAAGCAACUAUCGGUGUGGGUUUGGGUUUACCAGGGUAUUCCCCUGGCUCAGCAGAUCGCAAUUUGAUCAAAGAUGUCACUCGCCAUAGUGAAGAGUUAGCAAUUGAGCAGACUAUGCUGGAGGACAAGCUACGCGCCACUGACUGGGAGGCAACAAAUGAAGCCAUUGAAGAACAGGUGGCCAGGGACAGUUAUCUGCAGUGGAUCAAAGACAAUGAAAAGCGUGAUAAAGCUCUUCACUCUGCAACUGCCACUUCAAGUGCGACUGUGACUUCUUUGGAGCUCCGUCAGUCACCUCGACAAUCGCCUCGAAGCCGCUUGAGUGUUAGCACUCCUCCGAGAAAUUCCCCGCGGGCCUCUCCCCGCUCGUCGCCUUGCAGCAGCCGUGACGAUCCCUCCCACUCGGUUGCAUCCACAUCAACGUCUAGUGACACAUCGGGCUGCUCCACCUCGGCCAACAAAUCGGAGGGCGACACCAAUGGAAACCCAACAACAAGCCCUCCUCCAAGAGAGAAUGUCAGUGAUAUUGAGGGUUUCAAAUUGAUGGAAACAGCAUCCUUCUUGAAUCUCUUGCCUCCUGAAAUGUUUGGUCUCAGUGAAUGGGAUGAUGCUGGUAUUCUGGCUCAGGUCCUUGCAACCUCUCAACAAGAGUACAUUGAUGGGCUGAAGAAGCGAUCCCAGAGUGAUGACCCUCAGCCAUCUACUUCUUCUUCUGGGAGUAUGUACGAUUGUGAAGCAGGUCCUUCCACUCGGUAGCCUUACCAAUCAAAAUUCCUGUAUAUUAUGAACAUCAUUUCAAGGACUGCUUUCUGAACUUCUUUCUUCAGGAAGUUGAAUGUGUGUGUGUGUGUAUGUGUGUCCGUCUGUUGUUGUUUUUUUUUUGUGUGUGGGUGUGUGAGUGCGAGUUGUUCCUUUUGAAUACAGUUUUUGUUAGGCCCAUUCAGGCUUGGGUUUGGUUCAAUUGCAAUAAUUAUUUGUUUGUUCUAGAGGGUUUUUUUCAUGUUCUUUCUUAUCCAGCAUUAUUAAUUUAAGCAAAACUUUUCUUUUUGCCUUAGUUUGUGGAGCCAAAUGCUACAGGGAGCAAAUUGAUUUUGUGUAAGCAGUUUGAGACUUAUCAAACAGCUGAUAGCUUUGGUUACCUAAACAAUAUUGUUUAAAUCUCAGUCUAAAAUUGGUUUCAGAAUGUCUAAUUAGACCAGUUUCUCAUCUUUGUUUUGCACCAAGAUGUCUAAAUUUUUCGAGCUGUUUUACAUUUCCUGGUGUGAGCAGUUUUGAUGUCAAGUUUUAAAAGUGGGUUACUUAUUUGCCAUUUGUUUGUUUUUGUUUGUGUUGUUUCUUUUUUUUUUGUCAAAAAAAAAAUCUUAUCUUUGUGAUAUGUGAUACCUACUAAAUUGCAUAAACAUAUGCAUUCAUGCUUUCUCAGAUCAAGAUAGAGUGUGAAAUACUCAGUUGUAAGUCCUGGCCACUUCCAUUGUUUCUUCACCAACUAAUGUGUGAUGUCUUGUCUAUGAUAACAGCUUCGUAUUCAGAGUGUUUCAGUUCAGCCUCUGCCAUUAGUGCAUAAGCACAUAUUGGAGCUUGUCGAAAGUGUCUGGCAAUUCCUCUGAAAGAGUUUUUGCUCAUUACUGUGAUUUAAAAAAAUGUUAUGUUCUAUUCAAAGUUUGAUACUGGAAAUGGCCAGAAAUCUGCAUUUGGUUUACUUACACUUGUAAGUUAAAUACUGCUGAUAUUCGUGAUGUCUAUUUAACUGGCUUCUGCUUUUUAACUUAAAAUAUCAUAUUCUAUGUAGCUUGUUUCUUAAGGAAACAUUCAUGUAACAUUGUGAUUUAGUUCUAUUUAAGACUCUCCUAAACUAAUGUCGUCUUCUUUCAAAAGGAAAUAAUAAUUUAAUUGAUCAAAAAUUGUGAAGUUCUUUACUAGUCUACAUUCAACAGAUUCAUUUGUUUGAACUGCAGGCAGAGGGUUGAUUUUAUUUCUUCCAUUAGCUUUUUGACCUGUAAUUGUCCCCAGUUGCAAUAGAUGCUCCAAGAGCACUGCCAAUGAGAUGGCGUUUCUCUGAGUGCCUGUGAACUCUGAUUCAUGUUACCUACCUUUAUUUAAUGUCAUUGUUUUUCUGUUGUAAGUUUUAUAGACUUGUUUUGGUUUAUUGUAUGCUUUUCUUCUGAAGGAAAUACAUGUCAUAACAUGUGAAAUAUUAUCAUACAAUAGGUUGUGAAAUUUUUAAGCAAUAUUUAAAAUUAAUAUACAAAACACAUGUACUUGUUUCUUAAUUGCCCUCCAUAACUUAAAAAUCUGUGGAAAACUAUCUAUAUGUGCAAAAUCGCUCUGUUUCACUGUUCCAUGAUUGGUUUUGUAAUUUGUGAAUUGCACUUUGUAUAUACUCCCCUGCCACAAGCUAGUGGAAAUACCAAAGCAUCCUGUUGGAUUUAAAAUUGGAAAUCUAUUCAUUUCUUGCAUUGCAUAUUUUAUUCCAUUCAAAACUUUUGUUAUGUUUGCUUACAUUGGAAUACUUUCCUUACUUCAAAGUUUAUCUUUUAAAAGUCAGAAAAACUUAACUACCUUGAGAUAAGCCUGUAGAAUUUUUUUUUCCUUGUGGGAUCAGAGCAGUGAUGCAGAAAAAUACUGUAGGUAAGCAUUUGCAGAUGUUCUUGCUCCAUUCAAGCCCAUGUGAUGUUCCCAACCCUUCAACGGAGUUGCAGGGUAGAGAGAAAUAAGGCGCUUAUGCACCAAGAUCUGUGAUUAUUUCGCUGGGUUUUAAGCCUCUGUAAGUGCAGAAAACAUUCAAACCUUGCUUGUACUUUAUGAUAGUGUAGACAGUAUGUUUAAAAAUGUAGAUGUUAGUUUUUCUUGAGUUCUUGAAUGUUAUAUAGAGGCUUGAGCUUUAAUUUGAAGAUUUAUACUGAAUUCUUAUAUAGUUUAUGAUGUAUCCCUGAUAGAUUAUUGCUAUGUACUGAAACGUAUGUGCAUGUAUGAAAACGUGGACAUGCCUUUAUUGCAUACUUUACUAUUUAUUUUAUGUUUGCAUCGAUUCCUUAACCAGUCUGUAAGAUUGGGAAAACAUUGUGACUCCUUGGUCACAGUUUAGAAAUGAGUUUCCUGACUUCUUUGUGUGUACAUAGAGGAGGAAGACCUUCUCCUGUGGUUUCUGUAACUGCUCUGGAGUAACGCCUGCCUUGGAUUCAGGAGCUCAAUAUUAUCUUGUGAACGUCUUGCUCUGACUUUGUUUUUACAAUAUUAUAAAGGAAUGAGGACAAGCACAUUUAAAAUAAAUAGAUGGUUGUAAAAUUA